AUGGAAAUUUCCAAAUUACUAAAUAAAUAUAAUAAAUCUACUUUCUCAUUACAACAUAACUUUGUUUCAUAUAGAGAAAAAUUAAAUUUAAAAAGCCAUCAACAAAAACCUCAACAACAAAUUCAAUCAUCUUUUGUAAAUAAUCAUUAUAUUAGUAAUAGCCAAGAAUGUUUAAAUGAACAAUCAAAUAAAAUCAAAAAAUGCCGUCACUUUGGCUGUAAUAAACCUCUCCAUACUAAGCAUCGUAGAAGACACGAGACAAGUGUCUUUCACCAAAGAAGACCAUGUCCUCCAGAUUGUUUGGCUUGUACUGGUGAAUUCAAGAAAGGAAGACAAAGAAUUAAUUAUAAAAAUUAA